AAAUUCAACGAUAGGUAUUAGACCCGGACGGCCGGAGCAACCGCCGGCAUCCCAUUCCGCUCCGGCCGAGCAGGUCCCACCCGGCAGCAGCGUCUCGAGCGGGUGCCAAGACGGAACCCAUCUCCACAUGGCUUUGACGUCCUCUCCCGAGCAUCCAUCUUCACAACUCACGCCAUCUCGACUAAGAAUCCCAGUCAAACCAACCAUUGCCCAUUGUCACGACUCAAUACCAAAUCCCACAAAAUCAACUCCAGAAAGAACAAGAACCAGAAAAUGCCACCAACACGCAUCCCGACAGAAUCCGACUUCACCCCGAUCUUCCCCUCGCACCCUACCCACCGCCCGAAUGAGCCCAGCCCCAUCUCCCUAGUCUACCCCAAUCCGCCAGAAUCAACAACCUCCAUUCUCAUCCUCUUCCACGGCUUAGGCGACUCGUCAGCCCCCUUCGCCACCUUCGCCCGGAACCUGGCCCUGCCUGGCGUCUUAGCCAUCUCAGUCCGCGGCACGGCACCGCUUCCGGCGCUGCUUGCAGAUCCGGAUGGCGAGCAGGGCUAUCACUGGGGAAAUGAUCUCUCCUUUUCGAGCGCCUCGGGCGAGGUCGACGCUGAUCCGGGGUUUGAGACGGCCAAGCAGUGGGUUAUGGAGCAGUUGGUUGGGGAGGUGCUUGUGGGGAAGUGUGGGUGGGAAGUUGGGGAUGUGAUGCUCUUUGGGUUUGGGCAGGGUGGGAGUUUGGCUCUGGGGUUGGCUUCGAUGUUGAGGAUGGGGAAGAGGGUUGAGGAUGUUACGGAGGAGGAUGGGAAGGACAAGGAAAGAGGGAGGAAGUUCAAGGGGGUGGUUUCAAUUGGUGGGGGGUUGCCUAUGUCCAUGGUGCCGACUGUGAGUGGGUUGGGGAAGGCCAAGACGGCGGUGUUGGUAUGUUGUGGGCGAGAGAGUGAGGCCGUGGAUGAAGAUGCGGUGGAUUUGUUGAAGAGGGAGUUCGAGGCGGUCAAGGUGGUGCGGUGGAAGAGGGCGGAUGAUGGUAUGCCUAGGAAUCGGGAGGAGGCGCUGCCUAUGAUUCAAUUCUUUGCCGAGAGGCUGAGAAAUGGGUGGCUUUAGGUUUCGGCCUCACAAGGAGUAAAUAAGCAAGUAGCCAAGAAGAGAGGCACAGCCCAAGCACGCUCCGUUCAUGCGUGUGCUCACUAGGUAUGUGGUUUGAAAUAACUAAGGAAAUCAUUGAGGCUCGAAAACCACCAUCUACUUCAGGUCAUCAGUUUCCGUGUUAAAGUAAUGUCAUAGUCAACCUGAAAAAGAGAGAUUUGAAAUGGAAAGAAAGCAGAGUAG